AGGCGGGAAAGUGGGGCCGAGCGAAGGGAGGCGUCCGAGGGCGUGGUCAGCGGAACGCCGGGGCUACUAACGGAAUCCAAAGGAAGUGCUCUGGCCCCACCACGAACCCCCAGGCCAGUUUGGACUCUGCGACUGGUGUUUUUGGUCUUUUUUGACACUGAGAACCGCCAUCAGUUUAUCGGAUGUAAGUCAGAAUACAGCAGAAAAUGUCCACUGAACGAACUUCUUGGACAAGUUUGUCCACUAUUCAGAAAAUAGCGCUGGGCCUCGGGAUCCCAGCCAGUGCAACAGUUGCCUAUAUCCUAUACCGCAGGUACAGGGAGAGCAGAGAAGAACGGUUGACAUUUGUUGGGGAGGAUGACAUCGAAAUAGAGAUGCGAGUUCCCCAGGAGGCCGUAAAGCUCAUCAUUGGCCGGCAAGGAGCCAAUAUUAAACAGCUGCGGAAACAGACAGGUGCUCGGAUUGAUGUGGACACAGAGGAUGUAGGCGAUGAACGGGUGCUGCUUAUCAGUGGGUUUCCUGUGCAGGUGUGCAAGGCCAAAGCAGCCAUCCAUCAGAUCCUGACAGAGAAUACCCCUGUGUCUGAGCAGCUUUCUGUUCCGCAGAGAUCCGUGGGCAGGAUCAUAGGGAGGGGUGGCGAGACAAUUCGUUCUAUCUGUAAAGCCUCUGGAGCCAAAAUUACCUGUGACAAAGAAUCAGAGGGGACGCUACUACUAUCAAGGCUUAUAAAAAUCUCAGGAACACAGAAGGAAGUGGCAGCAGCCAAGCAUUUGAUACUAGAGAAAGUUUCAGAAGAUGAAGAACUUCGGAAGAGAAUUGCUCAUUCUGCAGAAACCAGAGUCCCACGCAAGCAGCCAAUCAGUGUAAGAAGAGAGGAAGCGAUAGAGUCUGGUGGAGCUGGAGAGCCAGCUUUGUGGAAGAGCACUGAUACUGGUGCCGGACUGGAGCCGGCUACACCACUGAGAGUUCCUCCCCGAAAAGGAAGCGGUGACAUGGCUGUCGAAGGGCCGGAAGGUGCUUGGGAGAAACCUAAUGGGGACAGCUUUCAGAAAUCUGGAGCCCAGACCAGUCCAGAGAUGUCCAUGUUUGAAAUCCCUAGUCCUGACUUCAGUUUCCAUGCUGAUGAGUUCCUGGAAGUCUACGUGUCUGCCUCUGAACACCCUAACCACUUCUGGAUCCAGAUCAUUGGCUCCCGCAGUCUGCAGCUGGAUAAGCUUGUCAGUGAGAUGACCCAGCACUAUGAGAACAGUCUACCUGAAGACUUGACUGUGCAUGUGGGAGACAUUGUAGCAGCACCUCUACCUACAAAUGGCUCCUGGUACCGAGCUCGGGUCCUUGGCACUUUGGAGAAUGGGAACCUGGACCUGUACUUCGUUGACUUUGGAGAUAAUGGCGAUUGCCCACUGAAGGACCUCCGGGCACUCAGGAGUGACUUCCUAAGUCUUCCAUUUCAAGCAAUAGAAUGUAGUCUGGCACGGAUCGCCCCCUCAGGUGAACAGUGGGAAGAGGAAGCUUUGGAUGAGUUUGACAGACUCACUCACUGUGCUGACUGGAAGCCCCUGGUGGCUAAGAUCUCCAGCUAUGUCCAGACUGGGAUCUCAACUUGGCCCAAGAUUUACUUAUAUGAUACUAGCAAUGGGAAGAAACUUGAUAUUGGGUUAGAAUUAGUUCGUAAAGGAUAUGCAGUUGAACUUCCUGAAGACAUGGAAGAAAACAGAGCCAUCCCAGACAUGUUGCACGAUGUGGCCACAGAAACAGAGGUCUCUCUCGGCAGCAUGCUCGCUGAGACCAGGAAGAGCCCUGGAGAAAUAGCAAAUACCCUGUCCUGCCUCAGCUUGUCAGAAGCUGCCUCUGUGUCUGGUGAUGAUAAUCUUGAAGAGGACUACUUACUAUGAAGUCAGCUGACGCCGUCUGCUGUGCCGUGAUUUGGUGCCUGGAGAGAGGAGCCUAUGAUAAAGGGAUCUAUGCAGUCCUUCCUCCAUUACCUACAUGAUCUGGCUUGCUGUGGACCAAAUGCAUGCUCUCCUUCUGUUGGACUACCACAAAGAGUGUGGGGUGAAGAAGAGGACAAGUACAUGUCCCUUCUCCACCUGCCCGACCCCAUCUUCUUCGAGUUUGCUUCCAGGCUGCUCAGCCUCUGGUCCGCUGCUCUCUGCCAGGCGAUUAUUGUAUGCUUCUGCAAGGCUGUGUCCUUUUUGAGGCUGGAAAGCAGCCAGGUUUUGGUCAGUGGAAGUGAUGAUUCUGCAGACUUCUGACUCACCUCCUCAGGUGACUCUGUUAAUUAAAGGAGGUUUUUGAGUGAUUAGCUCAAAGACCGCAGUUGAGUUGGGAGGCACAGGCACAAAUCAGCAUGAUUAAAAAGCCUCAGGAAAUGGGAAAGAACACUGCCUCCCAGCCUCAACUGCUGAAAUGUUAUUGGAGGUAGGUUUUUUGAAACAGUGCUCCAGCUAUUUCCCUGUUAACUUUGGUUAAAAUACAAGUUAGACAAAGAGAGGGCAUUUCAGGAAAUACUCUAAAGUGCUAGUGUAGUAUCUAUAUGUAUACACACACACACCUCCAUGAAGUGAAAGAGAACUUCCAUAGCCGUUUAAAUCAUUUGGGGGAUUCUUUGAUGAAUAAAGUUCUCAAGAAAGAUCUAAAA